GGACAUAGACCCUCUUCUCCUGGAGUGAAGCUGACCAGCAGAGGGUGCACGAGCUUUCCCAGGAGCUGGCCUCAAAGGCGAGCUGGGCAGACGGGACUGGUGUCUGAUGAUUAACAAGUACUAUAAAUGAAAAGGUUCUGGCGCACCAAAAACAGUUACCAAAUGGAAAGAGAGAGCAGCCAUAACAUCAGGACUUGAUAGGAAGAACCACUCUGGGAUGGUGAGCUGCAAUUGGGAACCUAUAGGCAAAGUGCUGAUUACGAUGAAUGUGAUUUGGAGAAAUUCUGUUUCCUGUCUAAGGAUAAAAAAGGUGCCACAUAGAUACCAAAGUGGUAAUCACCCAAUGGUCCCUCUGGGAUCAAGGAUUUUAACUGAUCCAGCCAAAGUUUUUGAACACAACAUGUGGGAUCACAUGCAGUGGUCCGAAGAAGAAGAAGCAGCAGCUGGGAAAAAAGUAGAGGAAAACUCAGCUGUGCGAGUCCUUCUGGAAGAACAAGUUAAGUAUGAGAAUGAAGCUAGUAAAUAUUGGAACACAUUUUAUAAGAUUCAUAAGAAUAAGUUUUUCAAGGAUCGUAAUUGGCUGUUGAGGGAAUUUCCUGAAAUUAUUCCGGUUGAUCAAAAAACUGAACAGAAGUUGCAGGAAUUAUCAUGGGAUCAUGCAAAAACUAGUGCUGCAGAUGGUUUCUCAAGAAGGCACUGCCCUACUAUGCCUGAAGAAAACAAUCAUAAGAAAAGUUGUGGUUCAUCACGUAGUCAAAGCAAAGUGGGAUCACAUUUUUCCAACCUAGAAUCUAAAGAAAACAGAAAAGGACCUCUGAAGACAGAAUUGUUUCCUGGUAGCAACGCCACUUUCAGAAUCCUAGAGGUUGGCUGUGGAGCUGGAAAUAGUGUUUUUCCAAUUUUGAACACUUUACAGAAUGUUCCAGAAUCCUUUCUUUACUGUUGUGAUUUUGCUUCCAGAGCUGUGGAGCUAGUAAAGUUGCACUCGUCCUACAGAGCAGCCCAGUGUUGUGCCUUUGUUCAUGACAUCUGUGAUGAGGGCUUACCUUACCCUUUCCCAGAUGGGAUACUGGACGUCAUUCUCCUUGUCUUUGUGCUCUCUUCCAUUCAUCCUGACAGGAUGCAAGGCGUUGUAAACCGACUGUCCAACUUACUGAAACCUGGAGGAGUGCUAUUAUUUCGGGAUUAUGGAAGAUAUGAUAAGACUCAGCUUCGUUUUAAAAGGGGACAUUGCUUAUCUGAAAAUUUUUAUGUUCGAGGAGAUGGUACCAGAGUAUAUUUCUUUACAAAAGGGGAAGUCCACAAUAUGUUCUGCAAGGCUGGGUUAGACGAGAAGCAAAAUCUGGUUGAUCGUCGUUUACAAGUGAAUAGGAAAAAACAAGUGAAAAUGCACCGAGUGUGGGUUCAAGGCAAAUUCCAGAAACCAUUACACUUGACUCAAAAAACCUCCAAGUUGGGAUUUUCACUCCUUUCUCAUGGCUGAAUCAUGAGGAUUACACUGUACAAAGACUUCUGUAGAUCUUUCAUUUUUGAAAGGACAACCAGAAGAAAAGAGAAUUUGUAUAUCCUGCUGUUUAUCAUGGGUGAGCUCUUUUGUUUAAGCACUCGUAAAUGAUUUGGAAGAGUGUACCAUAUUCUGUGUUUUCAAAGCUUAAUGUGCUCAAGCUUGUUUGUGUUUAUGUCUAACCAUUUUGUUUGUUCUCUGAAAUUUAUAAGCUUUCAAUUAAAUUACUGCUAUAAGUCAGAUGAUUCUGAGAAACCAUACCCUGCCAUUUUUUAGAAGUGCAAAAAAAACCAUUUGUUUAUGUGUUAGUCUAAUAUAGUUAAACUCUCUUCCUCUCUUAUCUGAUAGCAGAGAGACAGUACUCCUUGUUUCCCCCGCAAGUCACAAGGCCUAGGUGAAUUUUUUUGUUUUCUCCUUUUCUGUUUACCCCAAAACUUUUUUUUUUUU